GCCGCAGGGUUCUUGGAAGGAUACCUGACAGCGCACAGGAUAUAUGAUCACCAUGUGAACAUGGAGGCCUUCUUCAACAUCAGCACAUCGGGCCCUUCAGAUUGGCUGCUUGCUCAAGACGCAUGGGCGCAAGAGCAAGUUGCCACCGGCGCAACACCGUACUGGACAACCCUGGGACUGAUUCUGCAGCAGCAUGAGGGUCUCAUGGAUGGCUACAAUCUGGCAGCCAAUGAGACUCAAAACUCAGCAGCAGGCAGCUCUCCUUUGCCAAAGCUGGAUCGCAUAGACUUCCUGAAGCUCAGCGCUGUGGGUGAUCUUGAUGCGAGCGAUAUGGAAGGAACACUGGCUUCAAUGGGACACUGUAGCGCACUCGUGAAGGUUACUGGCAAUUACAGCGAUCUUUUCCUCGCCCAUUCCUCCUGGUUCACAUACAGCGGUAUGGUGAGGAUAUACAAGCAUUAUGACUUUGCCGUGGCCAGUCCUCACCAUAAAUUGAGGCGGACAUCCUUCAGCAGCUAUCCGGGGGAACUGAGCAGCGACGAUGAUUUCUACCUGAUGGAUACUGGGCUGGCUCUGCUCCAGACAACCAAUGACAUCCUCGACACUGAGCUGUACAAACUGCUGACACCAAAGUCUGUCCUGAACUGGCAGCGUGUGAGGCUUGCCAAUGCAAUGGCUGACACCGGGAAGGAGUGGGCGGACAUUGUUUCUGAAAACAACUCCGGAACUUACAACAACCAAUAUAUUAUUGUUGACCUGAAGCUCUUCAGGCCUGGCCAGGAAUUACAACCCAACCUACUGUGGGUUGUCGAGCAAAUACCGGGAUUGACUGUUGCUGAAGAUCAGACUGAAAUUCUUUCGAGGGGAUAUUGGCCGUCUUACAAUGUUCCAUUCUACCCAGAGAUAUACAGGUUUGAAGCAGCCCCCACAUCCCAGCUGUCCUUCUUUCAGACCUGGUUCAUCAUCUAUCAGUUGGCGCCCAGGGCAACAAUUUUUCGGAGAGAUGCUGGGAACGUCACAGACCUUGAUUCCUUGAAGCGCCUGAUGCGCUCCAACAACUAUCAGAACGAUCCAUACUCAGACGGCAAGGCGCUCAACGCGAUCUGCGGCCGCGGCGAUCUGGACGGUGCCAAGCCGCGCGCGUACGGCUGCUACGACUCCAAGGUUGCAAAUUUCGAAAUGGCGCGGCGGCUGGCCGCGCAGGGGAUUGUGGGGCCGGCCGGCAAGGAAGCCGGGCUGAAGCCGUUCGAGUGGACUGAGAGCAGGUUUGAAAACGUGUCUCACCAAGGCCAGCCGCGCGUGUUCGAUUUUAAAUACGAGCCGCUGUCG